AUGACAGAGAUCCUCGCGCGGCUUACUGCACCGUCAGCAUACCGAUAUGCAUCGUGUGAAAUACUCGAGGACUAUGGUCGCCAGCUCCGUGAGCUCAUAGCUUAUAUCAAGCAACCUAGAACAACUGCCGAUAUUGCCACCGCCGCCGAGUUCCUGCUAGAUAAUCUCGACCCAUCUCUGCACUCAGCGAGCUAUUUGUUCGUUUUACAUGCGGAGAUCAAAAAUCACAGCACCAAGUACAGCAAACAUCCACCAGAUGUUCUUCAACCCGGGCAACGGCUAUGGUCAAAGGCUGUCGAGUGUCUCAGCGUAUUUGAUCCCGUGCAAGUUCGUUAUGCUGGUUACGAGUGGCGGCAGUUAAUUGAACUUGUAGCUCAGGCUGCGCAGGCUACAUCAAAGACCUUCCUGGCAGUCCAAGUUAUCAAGAAUGCAAUACUCCGACUUGAUCCGUCAUCCUCGACAUUCACAUCCACACAUGUCCUGUUUGCUAAGAUAUGUUUAAGUACCAAGUCGUAUCGGCAUGCACUACCUGUUCUGGAUAAAACCAUGUGCUACCUUCCUCCUGAUACGGUUCAAUGUCCACGGGUCGGGCAUGGAGGACUUCUUUGCUCCGAGCACGAGUCUAACGCGUCGUAUAUCACCUUUUGUUCGGGUUUAUCUGCCAACCUAACGCAUAGGGAUCAUCUGGAAUACUUUUUGUAUGGCGCGAUGAUAUACAUGGCUCUCAAAGAUUGGGACAGGGCCCUUCAUUUCUUGAGCAUAGUCAUAUCUUGUCCUGUGACCAACGCUGUCAGUAUGAUCAUGAUCCAAGGUUACAAAAAGUGGCUUCUUGUGAGCCUCCUGGGCAAGGGCAGGGUCGUUACGCCGCCCGAGAUCAUAAGUCCGCAUGUUAUGAAAGUCUACCAGUCGAUGACGCUGCCAUACCGCUCUUUAGCCUGUGCGUUUGAAAAUGGUGACGUGAAAAUAUUGCAGGCUGAAAUUGAUGCCGGGCAAAAGAUAUGGGCUGCGGAUCACAACAUGGGCUUAGUAGUUCAAACUAUUCGAGCACUCAGGAGGUCUGUGAUUGUUAGGCUGGGCAAGACUUUCUCAGCGCUGGCAACUCUGGACGUUGGGCCACGAAUAGCAUCCUUUCCGGUUUCAGCUGCAGAACUGGAGGCGCUCAUAUCAUCCAUGUUGAUGUCUGAAGGGCUAGGGUCCACAUUAUUGCACUCGCAGAGCCAUGAUCGGCACACCAUGCUUCGUUUUCAAGUUGAGAGAACGCCUCGUUCCAUUCGAGAAGGGGCCAUCCAGUUUCUCAUAGAUCUUGAGAAUCGAUCGUUAAGUACACUCGCCUGCAAGAUCGAUCAAAGCAACCAUGAUCUAGGACUAACCAGCGAGCAACUCCAAUUUAUUCGACGUGCAAAGAACUCCGCUGAGCUUGGGUAUCAGAAAGGCGGAAUGACAUUCAGCGAUGACACUGUCAAUCAGGACAUCGAUGAAGAUAUCAUGGGAGACCAUUGA